UGGCACAAGUUGGUCAAAAUGAACCAUUUCCUUAUUAGUGUAACAUUUAGCCAUUUCUUUUAUAACAAGAACAUAUAAUUAUAUAACAUGAGCAUCACCUGCUGUUGAAACAAGCGUUGUGUCAUCAUAUAAAAGGAGUAUUGUAAAUACUCAGUGAGCAAGUCCCUAGAUGUGUGAUUAAUAGUACACUUUAUAUAAUACAGGGCUUUUUAAAGAUGCAAGUCUGAACACAGUUUGCAAAUCUGUGGAGACACAUAUGAUCUAUAUUCAUCCUGAAAGUAGGACUUGUAAAGGUCUGGCAAUUGGUAGUUUGUUUCAAAAAUGAUAAGCAACAGACUUUUUAAAAGCCCAAAGGAUAAAUUAGCUGGUUUUCAAUGAAGAAAAAAUCUGUGGGUUUAUUUUCUGUUAUUUCAUUAUUUUCAUACAAGUACAAUCUUAGGAAUCAUGUCCGACAAAAGGAAGGGGAUGUUAGCAUUCUGAAGUAGACUAUCAUUGUGGGUAGCCUAUAUGUGCUUGGCUAUUCUUCCGUAAGUAAUUUAAAAUAUUUUUCAAACUAGCUUUUGAUUUUUGGAACAGUUGUUGGAUUGCCUUUUGGGUCUGGGUCUUUUUCUUGUCAGACAUUCAUUAGCAAGACGUAUACCUGAAGUCAUAAUUGUUAAUUGAAUUAUGAUUUAUUCAAUUCCAUUUUCUGGGUUCGUAUAAUUCACUGAUUAAUAAACCUACAGUACUACAUUGGACAAGUUCACACCACCUACAAGCCUAAAACAUGUUGAUUAGUUUAUGGCUUACAGUGUUGUACAAAUGCAAAGGUGCCUUUAGCUGCAGCUGCCCAAAAGCAUCAGUUGUCUCCAUAUUAGGAAAAACACCAUUAGCUGAUUUGUAUAUGUUACCCUAACCUUAACAAAUAACAUGCACAUUUUUAAUGAUCACAAAGUUCACAAUUAUUAAUUUGCACACCACCCAAAUUCCGAAUGACUGGUAGUUAGAAUGCCCACUCACAUCUAUGUAAUCAAAAUAUUUAAAGUAUGAGAAAUCUCAUUAUUAACGUGGCAUUUAAUUAGUAAGAAAGAGCUUUGGGUUAUAAAAAUAAACAUCCUUGGGUUACCAUAAGAGUUCUCUAAAUUCCAGAAACCCAGAAGGCAUAACAAGACUACAAGUAUGACAGAAAACCACUUGUACUCAUCAGUCAACAGGGUGAAUUAUAAAUCAUAAAUUACUAUUAUGAAGUUGCUACCUGGUCAGAUUUAAAAUGACAAGUUCUGCUGAAUGCCUGUCAUUUAAUGGAGAAAACAGGAAUAUUUUUGAAUUGUGCAGUGCAUGAAAUAUGAAUAGAGGGGAUUUCUUUUUACUUUGUGAUGCCUGGCAUAAUUUUUAGCUGGAUCCUAUCUCAAAAUGGUUGGAAGCUAUGCUGUUGAAUCUCAGUAAAUUUACAGGGGCAGUCCUCCCUCCCUUUUCUCCUGCUUUAAUAAUAGAACUAAUCUAAUACUCAUAAUCAGUAUUAUUGGUAAGUAGCCUUUAUCUCUGUACAUGUGAAGGAAAAAAAAAAGACCAAAGCUAUGGGAAAUGAGAAUUGCAAGAAAAAAGCAAUGGGCAACACAAAAUUUAUGAAAGGAGAUUAAGAUAAACAUUCUUGGACUAGAUUUUUAAGAAUGUGUCCAUGCCAAUUACUCAGAAUAGCUGAUUUCUAUUUUUUAGGCUACAUUCUGAUGUUUAGCGGGAUUGUUUUUGAAUCCAACAAACUAUAAAUGGGGCUAUUAGUAGAACUUUGUGCAGUGUAUAAAAAUCACCCCUGCAUUUCAUCCAUGAGCAGGGCUCUUAUGUCGAAGAUAAACACAUCAGAUUUAGAGACACGUCAGAUGUAAACUCCGUCAUAUUCCAGGUAGAAAAGAAACAGCAUCCCUGGAUACAUUUGGUGCGUUUGGCUUGUACUGCGGAUCUUUUGAGCCUAAAUCUUCCGUUAUGCAUGGUCAAAAGAAACUCGGGAUGGGAAAAUUUCUAUAAAUCUUCUACGGAGAGGGGGAAGAUUAAUCGGAGAAGCGUUCGAACCACUAUUCCUUUACAGAAACUACGGCGCCAUCGACGAAAGACUGCAGCGGAUGAGACUACGGUACUGUCAGCAAGGAGAGUAGGGUGUGGUUUGGACGAGGAAGUUCCGGGCAGCCCCUUCUGCAACUCUACUGCGCCUCCUGGCGGCCACUUUGCUUCGGCUCAGUCCAGCCAAGGGCCCCGUUGCCAAUUUAACUGCAGUCGCAGCGAAGGAGGCGCCCAGCGCUCCCGCCCUCCUCCUGCCUGCAACUCCCCCUCCACCGCUUCCCUGCGAGUUGACUCGGCACAGUAAGCGCAGGGCCUGAACCCAGGCCCGUCCCGUUCGUCCCGUCGCCGUCAUGGACAUGAAGAAACGGAUCCACUUGGAGUUACGAAACCAGACUCCGCCGGAUGUCAAAGAGCUUGUUCUUGAUAACUGCAGAUCAAAUGAUGGCAAAAUUGAGGGACUCACAGAAGAGUUUGUGAACUUGGAGUUUCUCAGCUUAAUAAAUGUUGGAUUGCUCUCUGUCUCAAAUCUCCCUAAACUCCCCAAAUUGAAAAAGCUUGAACUCAGUGACAACAGAAUUUCUGGAGGCCUUGAUGUAUUAGCCGAAAAACUUCCUAAUCUCACACAUUUAAAUCUCAGUGGAAAUAAACUGAAUGAUAUUGAUAUUUUGGAACCACUGAAAAAGUUGGACUCUCUGAAGAGCCUUGACCUGUUCAACUGUGAAGUAACAAAUCUAAAUGACUACCGAGAGUGUGUCUUCACACUUCUUCCACAGCUCACAUAUCUGGAUGGAUAUGAUCAGGAAGAUAAAGAGGCUUCUGAUUCAGAUGCUGAAGUAGAUGGUUUUGAUGAGGAAGAUGAGGAAGGUGAAGAAGAUGAUGAUGACGAUGACGACGAUGACAUAUAUGAGGAGGAGGACGAAGACGAGGAUUCACUUUAUGCUUUGUUUGUAGGAGGGCAAGAUGAAGAAGAUGAAAUUAGUGGAGAGGAGGAAAAGGCUGGGCAUGACAGUGAAGAAGAUGACGAUGAUGAUGAUGAUGACGACGACGAAAAAGAAGAAGAUGAAGAAGAGAAUAGGAAAGGGGAAAAGCGAAAAAGAGAGACAGAUGAUGAAGGGGAUGAAGAUGAUGACUAAAGUCUUCUGUGUCUCCAAAGGACUGUUGAGUAUUUCUUGGGGUACCCCUUGGAUGAUCUGUGACUUGAGGAGCACGUGUGGCGCACCUGUAGUUCUCCCCCUCCAAGCGCAGCACUCAAAAAAGCCAAAGAGUCGGCUAUUCCCGUGACAUUCCAUGUAUCCUGCAGCUGAUUUCUCCAGGUGGUUACAGACCUAGCCUUCUUGGGCUAGCACCUUCCCUUAUCCUUUUGGGGGUUCCCAGGCCUUCAUCUCUUCCCAUUGCCCUAGCAAGAAGAACAAGUGUGAUGGGCCAGUCCUGGCUAUAGGGGCUCCACACCACCCACUGACUGUACUUCCCUUUUUACUCUCUGUGCAACAAGGCUUUGUAAAUAGAGUCCUAAAGUUUUGGGGACUGUUCUUCAUGCUUUGCUUUCCCUGCCUUCUUUUUCCUUUUCUAAGCCGUUGGAUAUUUUUUACAUUAGGAUGUUUUAUGCAACAAACAGAAAAAGUAUUUUUAAGAACUUGAAUUAAAUAAACGUUAUUUGAUAAACUAA